AUGAAGACGGCGAUGAUUACCAUAUUUGAUGACGAUGAAUCAGCGCGUGAACCAGGAUCCAAGAGAACAAGAACCAGGAGAACCAGGAACCAAGAGAACCAGGAACCAAGAGAACCAGGAACCAAGAGAACCAGGAACCAAGAGAACCAGGAACCAGUAGAACCAGGAACCAAGAGAACCAGGAACCAGGAGAACCAGGAACCAGGAGAACCAGGAGAACCAGGAACCAGGAACCAAGAGAACCAGGAGACAAGAGAACCAGGAACCAGGAGAACCAGGAACCAAGAGAACCAGGAACCAAGAGAACCAGGAACCAAGAGAACCAGGAACCAGGAGAACCAAGUCGUGGACUCGAAGCUGUUCGGUUCUGCACAAGAGCACCUCGCUCACCUCCGCUACACCAGGAGUCUUGAUGCUGUUGGGACCCAAGAUGGUGAGACCCAAGAUGGUGUGACCCACGAUGGUGAGACCCACGAUGGUGUGACCCAAGAUGGUGUGACCCAAGUUGGUGUGACCGAAGAUGGUGUGACCCAAGAUGGUGAGACCCAAGAUGGUGUGACCCACGAUGGUGAGACCCAAGAUGGUGUGACCCAAGAUGGUGUGACCCAAGUUAGUGAGACCCAAGAUGGUGUGACCCAAGAUGGUGAGACCCAAGAUGGUGUGACCCAAGAUGGUGUGACCCAAGAUGGUGUGACCCAAGAUGGUGUGACCCAAGUUAGUGAGACCCAAGAUGGUGUGACCCAAGAUGGUGUGACCCAAGUUAGUGAGACCCAAGAUGGUGUGACCCAAGAUGGUGUGACCCAAGAUGGUGUGACCCAAGUUAGUGAGACCCAAGAUGGUGUGACCCAAGAUGGUGAGACCCAAGAUGGUGUGACCCAAGAUGGUGUGACCCAAGAUGGUGUGACCCAAGUUAGUGAGACCCAAGAUGGUGUGACCCAAGAUGGUGUGACCCAAGAUGGUGAGACCCAAGAUGGUGUGACCCAAGAUGGUGUGACCCAAGAUGGUGUGACCCAAGUUAGUGAGACCCAAGAUGGUGUGACCCAAGAUGGUGUGACCCAAGAUGGUGUGAGCCAAGAUGGUGUGACCCAAGUUAGUGAGACCCAAGAUGGUGUGACCCAAGAUGGUGUGACCCAAGAUGGUGAGACCCAAGAUGGUGUGACCCUAGAUGGUGUGACCCAAGAUGGUGUGACCCUAGAUGGUGUGACCCAAGAUGGUGUGACCCAAGUUAGUGAGACCCAAGAUGGUGUGACCCAAGAUGGUGUGACCCUAGAUGGUGUGACCCAAGUUAGUGAGACCCAAGAUGGUGUGACCCAAGAUGGUGUGACCCAAGAUGGUGUGACCCAAGAUGGUGCUUGUAAUUCGUACCAUACAGGCGACUAA